UCUCUCUCCCCAGUGCCACUACCUCUCUAGGGUAUGGAUUACAGCCGUUGGUGGUCCGAACCCCAGGCGCCACCGCCGCAUCACCACCCCGAGUCCCACCUCUCCAGCGCACCGCCGCCGCAGCAUGACCUUCCCCGCCCCGUCGCUUACUCCUCCUACCACUGUCUCUAUCCUAAUCCUCACCCCAACCCUUACCCUCCUAGCGAUCCUGCGACCCCAGUCAGACCUGACGCCCAUUCCAGUCACCACCGGGUCCCCGCCGAUCCCUAUGUCAGUCGCCUCUACGUAACCCGUGGUGUGCACGACGGCCUUCACCCGGCGCCCUACCCUUAUCCUGGACAAGAGCCCGGCCACCGCACGUUCCCCGCAGAUCCCUAUGUCGGUGGUCACUACGCUCCCCGUGGUGGGCACGAGGGCCUUCACCCGGCAUCCUACUCAUAUAGCGGAGGAGAAGGUCCGGCGGGGGUUUCCGGGGUGUCGUUGUACGUCCACGGUCGUCGUGGUAGCGAACAACAUGGGUGGGGGCGAUUCAUUCGUUUCCUGGGGCUAAUCCACUCAGUCAUAGCGCUGGUCAAUCACAGAUUUCUACGGAAUUUGAAGCUAUGGAGAAUAUGAUUGAUCUCAAUUCUCAUUUUCCUCAGCUCCUGUUUAAUUGAUGGCUUAUUGUCCACUAAAGCAUGGAGUUCCUCAACACAAGGAAUGCUCAUCAAGAAAAUAAUGGAUGUCAAUUUCAACCUUUAAGGGAAUGCAAUUCAUGGGUCGAAUCGUGCUUUCCUGUCCUUUUAGUCUCAUUUUGACUGCGUAAAGUAAGUCUGACCAUGAUCAAGUGGUUCGUCUUCGGCUUCAUUGAAUUGGAUGACGUGGACUUGGGCCCGGCCCAAUUACGACCUGUACAUCGAGACGCCGACACAGGUUAAACCGGUACCGAACUCAGUUGUCGCAGUCCGAUAUAAAACGCGGAUCUGGUCAAAACCACGGCGAUUACGUCUCUUAUAUUUUGAUCUGACGGUCAAUAUCAAACCUGGCAUCGAAUCCGCCCUCCCUAUUUAAACCUAUUUAAACCCUUCAUCGCCCAUCCCCCUCCCAUCCCCACCCCCCCCCCCCCCCCCCCCACGCGAGAUCUCCUUCUUCUCUCCUUGCUUGCCUCGCCCGCCGUCCUCAUCGAAACGGCGGCGACGAUGCAACCGGUGGCUGGAGUCGAUCCGCGGCGCACCCCGUCGCCCCAGCCUUGGACGGCGGUGCGGUACCCGGCACCGGCGAUGGUGAUGCAGCACCCUAUGAUGGCGCCGCCGCCACCGCCAUACGGGCAUCCCUUCGUUCCCUACCCCCAUCCCCCGACGCCUCCGCCUCAGCCGCCGUCGAAAUCGAACCGUCACCAGCAGGGCGAGGAGGCGGCGGCGGAGGACGAGAAGCGGACGAUCUGGGUGGGGGACCUCCAGUACUGGAUGGACGAAAACUACCUCCUCGGCUGCUUCGUCCAUACCGGUGAGGUUGUCUCCAUAAAGGUUAUUCGCAAUAAGCAGACUCGACAAUCAGAGGGUUAUGGGCUUGUUGAGUUCCACUCACAUGCAACGGCUGAAAAAAUACUUCAGAGCUUCAGCGGUCAUUUGAUGCCUAACACAGAUCUGCCAUUUCGGUUAAAUUGGGCACCAUUUAGCAUGGGAAAUAAGCGUUCAGAUCUUACUUUCGAUCACUCUAUUUUUGUAGCUAUGCUCAUGAAGGAAUGGGUAAUGGUUUUAUGGUGGCUUGGUCACAGCUAUGCUCAUGAAGGAAUGGGUGGUCUUGGACCUGAUGGUGCAUCUGCAACUGGCUCCCAGUCAGAUAUAGAUUCAGCUAAGACAAUAGUAUUUUUUGGAGGGCUUGAUCCAGAAGUCAGUGAAGAUGAUAUGAAAGAAGUCUUUUCAUACUAUGGAGAAAUUACCUCUGUUAAAAUUCUAGUUGGAAAACAAUGUGGUUUUGUUCUUUUUGCCCAUAGAAAUAAUGCUGAAGAAGCAUUGCAACAGUUAAAUGGUACAAUUAUUGACAAGCAAAUAGUGCGUCUAUCCUGGGGUCACAACCCUGCUAGGCAAGUACUGACUUUUAGAGUUUUAACUAAAACAUGUGAUUUAGCUUCUGAUGUUACUGAUGCAAUUUUGCAUGAAACUAUUACUACUAAGUACCCAUCAGUAAAAGGUGCAAAAGUUAUUAUUGAUGCUAAUACUGGUCGUUCAAAAGGUUAUGGGUUUGUAAGAUUUGGAGAUGAUAAUGAUAAAAAAGUUGCUAUCACCGAGUUGAAUGGUGUUUAUUGUUCUUCUAGGCCCAUGCGUAUUGGCCUUGCUACACCUAGAAAGUCUUCUGGUACGUUUGGAUUUUUUUAA